UUGAAACUCUCUCGUGCUAUAAAAGUGCUAUAAACACUCUCUCGUCGAUAAGCAGCAUGGAAUUAGCGGCCGGCAUUGAAGUGCGCGUGGUGAGUGGCGGAGAGAGUGCACGGCUCAUGGACUUUCUGCACGAACAUUAUUACCGCGAAGAACCGCUGACUCUUGGAACCGAUCCGCCGCAGCCCGAUGCCGCCGACGAGGCCUUCUUGCUGUCGAAUAUACCUCACGGCACUUGCCUGGUGGCGCUGCUCGGCGACCGCAUUGUAGGCGCCGUCGUGGCUGGGCCCAAAACCGCCGACGAGGCAGCACAUCUUUUUGAGGACGCGGAACGUCUAAAGGGCACCAAGUGGGGUCGCAUACUAAGCAUUCUAGCUGUGGCAGAGCGCGAUGCCAACGUAUGCGCUCGCUUCGAUGUGGAACGGGCGUUGCAUGCCCAUGCACUGGGCGUGGAUGUCUCGAUGCGGGGUCGUCGCAUUGGCGCACGUCUGAUGACGGAGCUGGCAGCUUUGGCCCGCCGCCUGAAGUAUCCGCUGCUGACCGUUGACUGUACCAGCAUAUAUUCGGCACGUCUAGUGCAGCAGCUCGGCUAUGAGCUGGUCAACACGAUUCGCUAUGACAGCCACAAGGACUCAAGUGGCCAGCCAGUGAUUAAGCCACCGGCCCCCCACGAAUCUUUACAAACAUAUGCGUUGCGCCUGUAGAAAACAGAAAAGAGCGUCACGGUGAUAUUAAUGUAAAGCUUCUUGUAUUUAAGUAAUUCGUUCUAAAUUAUUGGCCAACAUUGUAAAAAGCCGUACAAGUCACAGGAUUUACGCGAUUUAGACCCGUUUUAGUCUUCCAUUUCAUUAAAGUAGGUAUUUUUUUAUGCAUUUUGGAGCCAUUUUAAUGUUUAUUUUUUGCAAAGUUAUAACAUGUUCUAACAUGUCAAUAUUUUAGCUCAAUACUUUUCUCUAUAAAUGCGGUC